AUGAAGUCCGCCAUUCUCCUCCUGUUGGCGCCCCUUGCGGCCCUGGCCGCGCCCACCGGCGAGGAUGUUGAGAAGCGUCAGUCGACAACAAGCAUCGACGCGUUAAUGAAGGCCAAGGGCAAGCUGUAUUUUGGCACCUGCACCGACCAGGGCCGCCUGACGUCGGGCAAGAACGCGGCCGUGAUCCAGGCCGACUUCGGCCAGGUCACCCCUGAGAACAGCAUGAAGUGGCAGAGCAUCGAGAACACCAAGGGGCAGUACAACUGGGGCCAGGCCGACUACCUCGUCAACUGGGCCGUCGAGAACAACAAGACGGUCCGAGGCCACACCUUCGUCUGGCACUCGCAGCUCGCCGGAUGGGUUAGCGGCAUUCGCGACAAGGCCCAACUGACCGAGGCCAUCCAGACCCACAUCACGACCAUCAUGACGAGGUACAAGGGCAAGAUCAGGGCAUAUGACGUCGCCAACGAGAUAUUCAACGAGGACGGCUCGCUGCGCUCGUCCGUCUUCUCCGACGUCCUCGGCGAGGACUUUGUCCGCAUCGCCUUCGAGGCUGCGCGAGCGGCCGACCCGGACGCGAAGCUCUACAUCAAUGACUACAACCUCGACAGCCCGACGGCGGCCAAGCUGACCAACGGCAUGGUCGCGCACGUCAAGAAGUGGCUCGCCGCCGGCAUCCCCAUCGACGGCAUCGGCACCCAGGGCCACCUCAACGCCGGCCAGGGCUCCGCCCUCGCCAGCGCCAUCAAGGCCCUCGCCGACACGGGCGUCUCCGAGGUCGCCGUCACCGAGCUGGACAUCCAGGGCAACAACGCGCAGGACUACGCCGCCGUCACAAAGGGCUGCCUGGCCGUCGAGAAGUGCGUCGGGAUUACCGUCUGGGGUGUUAGGGAUCCGGAUUCGUGGAGACCCCAGGGCAACCCCCUCCUCUUUGACAGCUCCUUCAACCCCAAGCCUGCCUACGAUGCCAUCGCACAGGCUCUUCAGUAAAUCUGAGGACUGAGAUUCAGGUUUCGACAAUUGGAAAUCGGCGCACCAGCGCGUAGUUAGGUUAGGGUUGCUUUGGGCAUGGCCGUCAGUGUCGUGGAACUUGGGAAGACUGAUAGUUGAAGCUAUCAUUCAAUGUACGUUGUUUUGCGGUGACUGGCCAGAACUGGC